CAGGGUGACGCGAGCAACUCUCCGCGCGUUUUAUGCGAAUUACAUCGCCAUCUCGGGAACAUCGAUCGUCGCGAUGAAACAUGGAAAAUGUUCGCGGGUGUAGACAGUGAAGUGACAAGAGUGUGCCCGAUGUAUGUAGACGCGAAUACGCGCGAAAUUUGAAUCUGGUAAUUCUUUGGACACGUGGUAGUUUCAUUGAAUCUAUAUGUUCAAGGGCACUCGACAGCCAAUGGGGUAAUUGGAAAAUGUUGGACGACGUGGCCGAUGAAAGAUGGAAGCCGUGUCACAUCGUACACCUCAAGUUGUCAUAAGAUCACGAUAUGUCAUGUGAAGAUAUUCCUUCGUAACAAUUUUCUUAAUUAAAUAGGUUUUCAUUACAUGUUGUUGUAAUUUAUUUAUUGUAUUAAUCGCGUAAUUUCAUGAAAAUAUGGGGCUGUGCAAGUGUCCGAAAAGGAGAGUCACAAAUCUGUUUUGUUUUGAACACCGUGUUAAUGUUUGUGAGCAUUGUAUGGUUACAAAUCAUCCGAAGUGCAUUGUACAAUCAUAUAUUUUGUGGCUCCACGAUCAUGACUAUAAUCCAGUUUGCACAUUAUGUUCUGUGAACUUGAGCGAAGGAGAUUGUGUUCGAUUAACAUGCUAUGAUAUGUUUCAUUGGGCAUGUUUGGAUAAAUAUGCCAGAGAACUGCCAGCAACGACAGCACCAGCAGGAUACACAUGUCCCAAUUGUAAAGAGUGUAUUUUUCCAGAUGGAAAACUAGUAUCUCCUGUGGCAGAUGUGUUGAGAGAAAAAUUAGGAAGUGUCAAUUGGGCACGUGCAGGGCUUGGCUUACCUUUGCUCAGCGAAGAAAGAGAACAAAAGCCAGAACAGGAGCGUCCCUCAUUGAGAGUUGAAACUACAUCAUAUCAAAAUCAUACAACAAAUUUGUCUCCAACAGUAGCCACAUCUCGUUCCAAUAGUAAUGCAAAUUCAGUACACACUAAUAUAAACAAUGUGCAUUUAAAUAAUCAAAAAAUUGGCCCUCCGUAUUCGAUUGUAAGUAUUGAUUCAUCCGGGGGUUUAUCGACUCCUACUUCGAGAAAAGUUUGCGAAGCGUACGACGAUCCGAAAGAGAUAUCGUUUGAUCACGAUGAAAAUAAAUACAGAAGAAAGUCGGCUAUCGAAUGGUUUUUGAGGUGGUGGAAGCUUAUAGCAAGUCCACCAACGAGACGUAGAAACACGACUGGGCCAUUGUACAAAAGAUACGCCAUGAUAGUUCUUAUGGGAAUAUUAGCUUUUACGGGAAUUGUAAUUUUAUUCUCCUGGCUCGGGAGGAUGGCUACGGAUGGCGAUCCCACUUACGAUCUGGACGCGAAUCCUAAUGUUAGAGUAGCCGAUAAACAGGCUGGUAUUUAAUACACUCCCUGCUUUCAAAGGAACAGUGGAAAGGAAUGGAUACAUGAAAGGUAUAACACGUGGAAGUAAUAACAAAUGUUUGUAAGAUAGCGAAAUAAUUGUCAACCACAGUCAAGGGAAUAUGUAUCGACUGAAGCAUGAUUUUGUUUUGAAAGAAGAAUUAGCUUAAGAUACAGUGUACUGCUAGCCUUACGAUUUGUUAAUUUUUAUGUAAAGUAUGCCUUAAUAUUAAGCUGUAUAUUUCA